AGAGAACAUUUCUCAGUUGUUCGCUAGACGGAGCUGUUUCAUAACCUUUUUUCGGACAAGUCGUAGCGGAGUGGCUAUCAUCAUCAUCAUUCCAUAUAUAAGUGAUUCUCUAACAAGGGAAGAAGGGAAAAUGUUCUUGCCAACCUGACCCGAGUUGCUGGAAGAGAGUGUUUGAAGCGAAAUUUUCGCGAUGCGUUUUUCCGGAUGAUAACUGAAGCAAAGUGGUAGUUCUUGAUCAAAAUGUAGUCCAUUAGUGGCACGGUGACUGCAGGGAGCGCGAAACGUUCGUGAAAUUCAGUGGAAGUGUGAAUUUUAACGCUAGAAAAUCGCUGGAAAAAGUUGAAUGUUUGUGUACUAAAUUAUUGAUUUUUUCCCCAAAAUCAAAACCAGUUCUACGCGAGAGAGCUUUCGAAGAAAUUUGGUGAACUUGAGCAUUUCAGUAAGUGGAAAGUGUCCCUCGUCACGGACCUGUCUGGAAUUACCAUGGCCUGAGGGCUAGGAAACAGCAAAAAAUUGUACACCGCUGCAGAAAAUUGAAAGACAUGCAGCCGCGAUAAUUGGACGAUCGGAAAUUGUGUUGCGAAUAUUUCGCGGAUGGCAGCAAAUUUAUAAGUCCCGCGACAUGCACCAUUCUGGGGCCCGAGGGUAAUAAUUCAAUUCAUCGGAUGGAGAAAAAAUAAACUUUCCACAAGUGAACGUCAUUGCCCCGAAGCACAGAAGAAUUAUCAUGAUGUAAUAAAUUAUGGCAAUUGAUUGAAAAGAUACGUUUGAGUGACCUCCCGAGCCAGCCAAGUGUGUACGAUUGUGCAGAUUGGGAAAACAAUGCCUCAAACAUUUCCCCGCUUUCCACAGUAGGUAAACCACGGUCGUACGCAAAAAAAAAUAUCAGCAAAACUGCCCGUAUAGCAUAUAUCGUAUAUGUGAACAUGUAUGAAUGGAGUGUGUAAAAACGAGCCCCGAUUUGGUGGUAGCGAAAUAGCACGAUAUACGAAACAGGAAAAAGUUUAUCGAGGUUGAAAUGGGGCUCCACAAAUAAAGUGUUGGUCAAAUAACAAACAAACGUGACACAGCGAACACUCGAGAGGGUCGUAAGCACAGCCUGGGCGCUUACUGACCCACCCCAUCCCAGACACGGUAGAUGAUGGUCUGGAAACAGCGGCCAUUGAAUGCAACUCGGUACUGCGCCAGUGAAUGGGUGAAAACACAUCAAAUCGUUCGUGAACAAAACCGGGGAAAAAGUGUGCUGUUCGGUGGGUGCAUGUGCAUGUUAGGGCGCGCACAAAAAUAGUUCUCAUCUAGCGCAAUUGCAACUCCAACUGGGGUAGAAGUAAUUACAAAAUUUAAUUCAAAUUUAAUUGAAUCCAGUCGAAGCUUGCUUUCCGAUAAUAGUUGGUCUUGGUCACAUGGGGGGAGUAUUUCAAAAACAAAAACUACUUUUUUGAUUUUGAGUGUAUUUUGACAAUACGAAACACGAGGAGCACACAACAAUAAAUAUAAAUGGAACAAAUCGAUUACACAUUGCAAUAAAUUCUACAAAUAUCUUACCGUGAGUGAUACGUGGUGAGACAGACUUUGGACAUCAAACUGGAAGGGUUGGUGCUCUAGGGCUAUGGCACCGACAUCUUGUGGCCCCGGGAGGCCACCUCCGCUUUUAGGGCGGCGACGCCGAUGGCGACCAAGUAGUGCCCGGCUGAUGCUGGCUCACUGGGCACUGCUGCUGAUGACGACCUUGGCAGUUGUUGAUCUACACGUCGCAAAGGCCGAGAAAACGAAAACCUAUCACAUGGAUUCGAUUUGUAAAAAUCAUUUUCUACAACAACUAUAUAGGAAAAUAGAUGGUGCUACACUUUCCUCCAAGAACGAGAGAAAUCUAAACUGUGUUAUCACGUUUCAAACACACUCGAUACUGCAGAGAUUUAUGUUACGUUUCGAUAUGCUACAAUUAGACUGUAAUGAUCAUUUAUAUGUAUAUGAUGGAGCACACGCUGUCGGUGUACAUAAGGCGGAUUUAAGCUGUAAGGACACAAAACAAUCAUUGGGAGCGAUGUACACGAAAACGAACUUUCUCACAUUAAAGUACGUGACCGACAAUUGGGGCACGGAAACGAACGGUUUCAAAAUGGUUAUAACCUCCAUCAAGGAUUCCAAACUCAACUGUGGCGAUUUCCGGUGUGCCACACGGGAGUUCUGCAUACACCAGGACCUGAUAUGUGAUGGAGUGCAUCACUGUACGGACGGAUCGGACGAAGCCGUGGGAUCGUUAUGUCCGGCGCCGAACGAGUACAUGAAGACGAUCUUCGGGAUAGACAUGAACUGGAUCAUCCUGAUUGGCGUGAGCACUCUGUGCCUGUGCGGACUCAUCGUGGGCCUCACGGUCUGUGUGUUUCUGCGGAACUCGCGCCCUGCCGGAGCUCCCAAUCAACUCAAUUCGUCGAUACAAUUGAAUCAGAUGAUCGAAUCGAACGGUUCGUCGAAGCAUGUGCAUGGAACACUGCCGCGGGAAACAACAACGCUACCUGCUUCGGGAAACUUGGAUCACCCUGCGGGACCAUUAGGGUACCUCCGCAUUCCACACAAAUUGAUGGCCAAAGUCCGUCCCAUUUGGUGCCUGGCAAAUUAAGACAAUUAGGUCCGGAUUUAUCGCAGCAAACCGCACAGAAGGACGAGUGGUUUGUCUAGAGCUAGACAGGAAACAAAUAGAGCAACAAAAAUGAAAAUCACCAAAAAUAAGAGAUUCUUGCAAACAACAACAACAACAACUAAAAAGUUACAAUAUCGGAAGUCGCAACAGCACUAGCACAAGUUGAAUGGGCACGAAGAAAUAGAACAGAACAAUAACCAUCGCAGCGGAAGAACGGGAAAUUGCAGCAAACAUCCGAACAAGAGUGAAAAACAGAGAAGAGAUGGAUCGAGACCAACAUAACAACAUUGAGUGAAACAACUGUUAGAAAAGAUCGAAGAACGAAAACGCACUUAUUCGGAGGAGAGUAAAGAACAAGAAGCAGCAAUCUAAAGAUCACGAUCAUCACAAGCGAGAGUGGAAUUAAUCUUCUUAAAAUUCAGAACAUACAGCAAUGCAACUUUUUUCACGUUUUUUCAAGAGCAAUCGACGCGAAGAUCGCCACAAAGAACAACACUUUUCACUUGAAAACAGUGUGCGACAUAGUGUAAAGUACUCAUCGUCGAGGAGAACGUGAAACAAGAAUCAGCGAAACAAAAAAAAAAUAGCACACAGAAGCAUCCGUAGUAGAAGAAAACAACAGAGAAGAUGAUGAAGGCAAGAGGAUCAGCAAAAUUUUACCAACAAAAACAAAACCAAUUUUCGAAAAGUUUAAAACAAAAUCAUCCAUUCCGACAAACGAACAAAUCACGCAAUUGGAGAACAAUUUUUGGCACUAUAUGAAGACUGUCUGGUUGGUCAUCAAAAACCGCGCAGGGUGUAUAUUCAAAAGGGAGUAUCAGUGUACCCAAACAUCUAGCAAUUAUCUGUAAAUAGUGAACAAAGAAUAAAAAAAUAAACAAAAACUAAUUCAAGCGAGCAGAGUGAAUGCAUUACACGUAGUUUCAAAGUAGAUUGGUUUGAAUGGCUGCGUGAUCGAAGGGGUGUGAGCCUGAAUGUGAAUGAGUGUGCGUGCGUAGCAAAUCCGCUAACUACUAAUAAGAAAAUGAGCGAAAAAAUGUACGAAAACCAUGAAAAACUAAGCAAAAGUUUAAUGUAAAUCUAAUGUAGUGAAUAUAUAACUGGAAGGAGCUGUGGAAGCAGAGAGCGAAUGAGUCUAUAGCUUUAGAGAAAGUAAUACUUUGAAAUCAUUGAGAGUUUAAAACUACUGUGUACAGUACAGAAGAGAACAGAUGAAGAAAAAAAAACUAAGCGAAAGAGAGCGGAACUAGUUCAUUAAAGUAAUUAGAGGAAAGAUCAUACAUUAAUUAUCAUUGAGCUCUUCUGCUCGGUGAAAGUUGAAACAGGAAGCACGGAACUCACGGUCUACCGAGUAGAACACUUUAUGUUUCAUUCCAACUAAAAACUUGAAAAUAUCACUGUCUGUCGAAAGUAAUAUAACAGAAACAAAACAAAAAAUCGGAAAAAUAAAUGUUUGUGUGUCUGUGCAUCACGCGGGGGACACAGAAACAAAACCAAAUGAAUCCAAAGGAGGAAGCUAGCUUCGAAUUAGUUGCGAACACAAGAUGCAAGUUGGCCGGGGGAGAAAUGCUCGCGCGGGGGGUGCUGCCACACGCCUGGCUAGAAAUGCGGAAGGAAAACUAAUUAAAUUCAAAUAAAUUUUCUCCUUCCCCUUGGUAGGAGUAAUGUCCGUCGAACGCUGGGACGCUGCAUAAAAACAGAGAUCUUAUCUUCGACAGUUGGAAAAGCGGCAAGUGGGGCUUAGCAGCAGGAGGAUAACGAGUGCAAGCGAUUGAAUAAAUGAGGCAGAGGAGAAUGCUGAAUGCACCACUCUGAACUGGUUUUGUAAGUUCACAUUUUACAACAAUUGAUCCACCCACUACUACUGAAAGGAGCGAACAAGAGAGAGCAAUGUAGAAUGGUGCUGGUAUGUGGGUGAGGUAGUUGAUAUUUUCUAUUUAGCCAGCGGAUGCAUUGAUUUGCAUAAACUGCAGCUAUAAUCAGAACGAGUUUACUGUACUCGAACGGGAAGAAAGGUAGGAGAACUCGUUCAUUCGAAACAAAUUCAAGGAAGGUAUCCUUUUUUCUGUGCAAAUCUGCAUUCAACGCGAUGCUGCUCGUGUGUCAACACUUUUAAUUAAACUAACGGAAGUGUGGCCGUGAACAGAUGGGAAUAUCGCACUAUAGGUGAACUUGAAAUAGGGAAGUUUCAUUGUCGACUUGUAAUUAGAUUGCAAUGUUAGCAAUCGAUUCUGUAUUUCCACAACGGACAGUUGGAAUGGGUUUAACCUUAUCCUUGUCAGUUUCAUCAUUAUGUGUUUUUGUAUAAUUCAAACAUGUUGGAUUUGGGAAUACUUCUUGUGCACAUCGUGCUGACCGAGAACUGAGUUACUCAACCGCACAAUGUUACACCCAUAGAACUAUGUGUAUAUAGUAAAAACAACACACACAAACGAAUUUCGAAUGAAAAUGAGAAAAACUCCCCAUUGAGUGAAACGUGACAGCUUUUGUAGCAGUGGAAAAUUGUGGCUAGCGAGCGUUGGAAGAUAUCGCAUAUCCUGCAAUCUGUGGUACUCUGCACUGUUUGCUCGCUCUCGGGAGGUGGGGAAGGAUUACAAACCGGAAAACUUAAAUAAUAUUAUGAUAUUAAAUUAUCUCCCAUAAUAUUAUCGUUAUCAUCUUUCUUCUCACUAACUAGACGAAGGCGCCACUCGUAAUCAUUUGCGCUAAUCUCUGCUCGGGGUACAGAUGCUGAAUAUUACCGAGCGAGCGAGUUGUGUAACUUCCUCCCAAAAAUCCUAGCUGAGAAAUUACCAUAUCUGGUUCAGCUUCUUAGUAGUGGAGAGCAAAAGUUUUCCCUUGCUUAGGAUAAACAUCCCGAUUUAGGUGUUUACUCCUCCGUUCGUAGUUUAGUUCGAAACGAGCGAUAAAAAACGGAGGAUCCGCGAAGAAUCAACGAUAGGCUAAUUGUGAAAAUUACAUAGUAAAUAGAUCCACGCGCUUCUGUCCCAUUAAAAUUAAUUAGUCAGCAUUUGAAGCGGAGCGAAAAGCAACGCUGGAGAUUGAUAUUUUAUUUUCACUGCCGGACUGCCGGUUGCUGAACAAGCAGCAUGUAUUUAUCGUAUCCUUGUGAAUAGGAGUCGUGUUGAUAGAUUAAAUAAAUUAUCUUAUCUUUUUUUGUGAAUGGCAGCUCGCUUCAAAAAUCACACGGCUAUUCAUUUUGCUCGGUGUGCAUUUUCUUCAGAGCGAACCAUUUUUAGCGUAACUGGCCAUUUCCGUGACAGUACCCCUUGGAAAGCAGGUGACGAAGUGGGAUAGAAUUGAAUUAGAAACUAUCGGAUUGCUUCUCAGAACCGGAGCACUAUACACACACUCAUAGUCAAAUCCAUUCAAUCGAUGUGAUAAUCGAUGGGAAAACAUAAGAUCGAUGUGAUGUUGAAUAUUUAAAAAAAGUUCUAGACUUGUAAACCCAUGUACUGCAAACAUAAAACAAUCAAUAGAGCAGCGUCUUUAUGAAGUACAAUAGAAAUUUACUCAAAGGCACCCACGCAUUCACAGAAAAAAAAACACUGUUGCGGGAAGCAUAAACCACACUCACCCUAAAGAGGCAUCGCGUAAACUAUGGAAAAUUAACGUGAAAAUAAUAGAAAACCCAAAACAAAAUCAUCAUAUCAUUCGCCACAUGGUUCAAUAACAUUUAUCUCAUUUAACAGAGAUACAUUUACCCGAAGGAGAUUCACCCGAAUGUGAAUUCAUUUAAUCGAAUGAAAUAUAAGAAAAAAAAUUGAUUAUGAUGUUUAUCAAAUCACCUGAUAGAAAAAAUGAAUAAUUCAAUUCAAAGUUAAAGAGUAGCUCAUUUUUUUUGAACAAAUAAUAAUUUUGUAAACAUAUUAUAUUUUGAUUUCCGCUUCAUUUUCUAUAAAUUAUUCGACUUUGUUUUCCUCUCUAUAUUCUCUACAUUUCGAAAAAAUGUUUGCUUUCGAUUUCCUUAGUAGUUAUUAAAUCUGAAAAAAGCUACAAUAACUACAUUGAUAGGCAAAAUUAAGUGUUCAUCUCAUCGUUUUUUGAUUUCUGAUUUUUAGAUUCAUUUUCAAUUUCACCUCUGGAAUACCAUACCAAUACUCGAAGAAAACAAAAUUAACUUGCAUUUAAAAAACUAUGGGUGAGUUAUACCUAAGAUAUAACCGCUUGGUUGACGUAGGGCUAGCGUUGACUUAGUGAUCAUUUGAGUGUAUUGAUGAAAUUAUUGAUUAAACCAAUUCAUGCAUUAUGAUAGAUGACUUCCUCCGUUGCAAAUUUGACGUAUGACAUAAUUCCUUGUUCAUUUCAUUCAUUUAUGGUGGACUUCCAAAACAUGUGAACGGAAGAAUGGCUGAACGAUCAAUGUAUUGUAGAUUUUUUGCUGGGUACAAAAUUACCCGCACCAUGCAUUUAUUUUGUAACACUGAUUUUCCCAGACUCAUAAGUUUUGAAAUCCCUGGUAAAGAAACACACCUUGCAUCUAUUUUGCAAUGCUCAUUUCCUCGGGCUCGUUGGAUUUGAAAUCUGUGUUAGAGAAACACACAGAUUUAGCGAUCGUACAUCAACCGCUGUGCAAUCAUAAUUGAGUGGACUUCCGAGCGGGCAUUCAUUUAUAUACGAUUUGCCGAACCCGCCACUUUCGGUUGAAUAGCUCGAAUUUUGAUCAGUCCGUCCCGAGAACUGUUUUCCAAAAUUCUCGAGGAUUAUGCCAUUUGGCUUUGUUUGCCCCGCUGAUAAAUCGACGCUUCUGGGCUACUUUGCUAUUCAACCUCCCUGCUACAAGACGGCGACGAAUGGUUCGACUGGAAAAUGAUAGCUGAAGGGUUUCCUAGACAGUUACCUCUGGAUUAUUCUUAACUUGGCGCAUGAUCUCGGUGUCCGUUAUGCGCUUCCGGCAUUUGCCAUGGUGAUCCACCACUGAACCGAACCUUUUUUUAGUUUCAGAAGAAUUUUACCAGCCGCUGCCUGGCUGAUACUGUAAUUCCUAGCGAAAGCCUGGUGCGAUUCAUCGUUUUGCACAUCACAAACCACCGAUUUUUGAAUUUACAAGGGAAUUGCUUUUCUCAAUUUUUCCAACUGAAUCCUAUGUAAUCACGUGUAUAAAUGCACCAUCUGUGGCCGUUUUGUUCAAAUCAUGACAAAAUGUAAAAACAUAAGCAAUCGAGGGGUCUCCCGAUGGAAACUUAUCGACAACAUAUCGAUCUUCGGAGUGGGCACUUUUUUAUCAUUUUUUUUUCAAUAAAAAUUGAUUGUUUGGUUCUUUUAAAUAAAACACUUUUUGUUUAGUCCAUAAGUCCAAUUUUAAUGAAUAUCAUGAACAAGGUGUCAAAGAUUAUUGCAAUUUGUUUAUUUUAAUUUGAACCUAAUCUUCUAUCUGGUAUUUAAACAUUACAUUACCAUCAACUGACCACAAACGCGCAACAACCUUUUUACACAGAGCGAUUAGCCGAGCUGACAGUUAAACCAAUACUGAACCGGAGAACGAUGAGCGCACUCAUACCAUGAAAUUGGCGUACAUACGAGGUAAAUCAAGUUGGCAAAGUAUACUUAAAUUGGUAAACAAAAUAUGGCGUCGUCAUUAUUUGCAUUCAAUAUGGAAUGUAUAUGGAAGAAACAAAAUAUGUUAUGAGCAAAAUUGCUCAUGAAAUCAUGUAACUGAUUGUUCGAAUUGUGUUUUAUGGAUGAAAAUUGUAUUGUAACUAAUUUCCAUCAUCUAUAUUGGUAAAAGAUCCAGAGAACAGUCAUAUUAUUCGACCUCUGGAAAAGCAACAUUUUCAAUGAAAGGUUGCUCAAUUGUACAAUUGUACACCGAAACUGUGAGCCUUGAAAAUAUCGUUAAGUUAUCGCGGGAGUAAUGAAUUUUUUUUUAUUUCUAUGAUGGUGAGAGAGUGAAAAAUACACACAAAAAUAUCACGUCUAUUCAUCUUCUUCGAUAUGAUACUACAAAUAUCCACUGCACAGUGCCACAUGCUUUUAAUUGAUAAGAAACACACUGAAAAAAGCGUUUUUACAUGGAUGUGGAAAACAAUUGAAUGUAAACACAAAUGUUGACGUCACGAUUCGAGAAGUAGCUAUGGUAGCGCAGGCUAUCACGCACAUUACGGUCGCAAACUCCAUCAUCUUCUUCUUCUUCUUGCGUCAUUUUUAUUAGUACUUAGUUGAGAUUUCUAUGCCAAAUAACACGCCUUGAAUGCAUUCUGAGUGGCAAGAUCUAGAAUACGCGUGAUCACAGUGCAAGUCGGAGGAAAUUUCUUUGAAGAAAAAUUCCCCCGACCAGAACGGGAAUCGAACCCGAACACCCGGCAUGUUAGUUAUGACGCUAAUCACUCGGCCACGGGAGCACAGAAAAUGGAGAGAUGAAAAUGCAGAGAUGAGGAGAAACUCCAUCAUCUGCUCCACCUAUAAUUCCUGCUCAUGGGAUUCGACCGAUUCAGCAAUAGCUCGUACUAUACAAAGAGGGAAUAUAAAGUCAUUUACACAGUGUGAUUAGCUGAUCAACAGUCUAAUCGAUACAGAAAAGAAGAGACAAGUUCCCCAUUUGUCUAUAAUUUUGCAACUUAUUCGCAUUCAUUUCAAACCUUUUCAUAAAUAGCUAAGCCAACUUGAAAGCUUGUGUUUUGUGAAUGUCCCCUGCAAAUUAAAAAUCGUUACGCUUGCAGUCAGAUAUAUCUCAGAAUCGGCCUGAUUCAGAAUAAAACAUUACCAGAAUGAAAUGUUCUGUAUUUAUUUUAGUUUCAAUUUUAAUUUUUUUUUUAAUUUUCUCGAACUAUUCAUUGAUGAGGAAAGCAUCUAUGAUAAACGCGAGGAAAGCUUUCGAAACACCAUUCGCCGAUUGACAUUCAAGUACCUAGCCAACCUUUAAGCAGAACGAGACAUUAUCCUGCUGAUCCGAUCUAUGCUACGAAAAAGCAAUGCCACGAGCAAAAUACCGAACUUUGAUACUAUAAAACAAACUUCCGUUGAUUCAGAGGUGUUUGGCGCGCAUCAAGAUGGCUGUAAGCUUCAAAACCUUUAAAGUAUCUAGCAAUAACAACUUCCCUGCGUCUCUCCAUCUUUGAACACAAAGUGCACAUGGACGCAAUACUGUCACUUCCAAUCAGGUCCCUGUCACUUCUCACUAAGUCCCUGUCAUUGACAAAUCGGCACUCAAUAGUUAACCUACUGUUUUUCAAGUUGCACCGUAUUUAUGCUGGUUCAAUAUACACUAUGACAAUUUUCUAUAGCCGCACACACAUUUUAGGCUAAUACGUGAACCUGAUAUAAGAUUUUUUUUUCAGUCUUCCAGCCUCCUGGGCUGGUUCUCCUAUAUAAGAUUGUAGAAAUCGUUCAGACGCAACUUAUUUCAGAUGUACUUGAUGAUAGAAUUCAUAAAAUAUUUGCUAUUUUGACGCAGGACUAUGUUUCAUUUCUGUACUUGGGUGUAAGUUCAAAAGUUCUAAAACGUGAGUUUUACGUUGGAGGGGCGAGGAUUUGAGCGUUGAUUGCCGGCCUCACGGCGUGGUAUGAUAAUCAGUUCGUUCAAAAUAUAAAACGUUUAAGAGUUAUAGGCUUGUUACUUAUUGAACUGAAAACUUAUUUCAAUAGUUCCAAAUCUGCUUUGAAAACAGUUUAUUGGAACCAUAAAAAUCUGUAUUAAACGAGUACUAGUCCUCGGAAAUCCACUUAAUAAUGAUUGUGCAGUGGUUGGAGCAUAUGCUCACUCCCAGUCGAAUACUCUCCCAAUCUCGUUUCUAUUCUGCUGCUUUCAUCAACCAGUUCUAAAGAGUUUAAUUUUAUGUGUUACCCUGUAUCAAUUAUUUUUCAAUACUUAUACUUAUUCAAUCACACACUUACAAGAAGGACGUUUCAAUCCAUACUUUCAAAAUAUCCAUCCAUUCAUUCAUUAAGGAUUGGUUCAGUUGAAACUAAUUCAAACAACGGUAGUCCUACGUCUACCUUGCGGUUAUAUCCCAGGUAUAACCCACCCCUGGUUUUAUUGGAAAUUUUCUGAAUAUUUCAUGAAACAAAAAAUUGAAUAACUGUGAAACGUCAAGCGUUAUCUAAACACCCUAAUUGCUACUAUUUGAUUGUCAUGAUUUACAGUUUCCAUCAACACAGACUUCAAAAUCAAUGUGCCUGGGGAAACCCACUUUGCAAAUAUAUGCAAGCUGCGAGUACUUUUGUACUCACUUAUCUUUGUGCAGACUGGAAUAUGUUUCCCUAACACGUACUGUUAAACUGAGAAGCCUUGGAAAAUCGUCAUUCUGAUACUAGAGGCGAAUGAAUUUUUAAGUUUAAAGCUUAUAUAGUAUAAAAAGUAGAAAUUGAAGUUGUUGAUUCAUGCAAGCCGAGGGUUUUUCUGUACCCGCAUGCUCACUGAAUUUCUACAUAGCAAUUGUUGAAACACCUUACUAACAACGCAAAUAUGUUGAAUGUAAUUGAAUUCGAAAAUUGUUUUAUCCAAUCAAUAAUUUGAUCAAAACAAACAAAUGCUUACUAAGCCAACGGUAGCCCCACGUCAACCUUGCGGUUAUAUCAUAGAUAAAACAUACCCAUGUUUUCCGUGAUUUUUUUGCGCAAUAUUUUUACGCGACUCUAUCGCGAUUUUUGACGUAGGACUACGUUUUUCAUUUCUAUACCCAGGUUGUAAAAACAAAGCUUCGAAAACGAAAGCGUUACGCCGGAGACCUAGAUUUUGAGCGUUAAUAGCUCCUAAACAAUUGAACGAAAAGGUAUGAUAAACACUUCAUUCGAAAGAUAAAAUGUCUACGCGUUACAUACUUGUUACUUUUUGAUCCAAAAACUUGUUUCAGUAGCCUUCAAAUUUCUUUCAAAACAGGCUAUUGAAAUCACCAAUCGGUAUAUAAGUGAGCGCUGCUCGGAAAUCCACUCAGUUAUAAUUGAACAGCGAUUAGGGUACCAUCGUAGGAAUGAAUGGAUUUUUCCCUAACACAGACAUCAAAACCAUGGAGCCAGGGGAAAUCGGCAUUGCAAAAUAGAUACAAGCAGCGGGUACUUUUGUACUCGUUUGCGGUUUUGCAAAUUGGAAUGUUUCCCUAACACAAAUCUCAAAACCACGGAGCGUGGGGAAAUUGGCAGUGCAAAUGAGAUCCAAGCUUCGAGUAGCGGGUACAAAUGCAACGCUUUGGCUCGGUUAUUCAAGACUGCAUGCCCCUCCAUGUUGCCAGUUCACUGAACUUCUACGCAUACCGUUUGAUGAUUAGGCAAAAUGUUGAUAACUAUUUGCUGUGAUGACCACUACCAUAAUGCAUGAAUUGACCUAAAUUGGUAUUUGUUUGCAAUUGAAUUCGUACAUUGUUUCAUUCAUUCACUGGCUUAAUCAAUUAUUGCUAAUUGAAGAAAACAAAAAUAAUUACUAAGCUAACGGCAGUUCUACGUCAACCUUGCGGUUAGAUCAUAGGUAUAACCCAUCCAUAGUUUUUUACACGACUUUCUUGAAAUUACGCGAUCUGCCUACCUUUGCCUUGUUGCGAAGAGAAAUUCUGCGAGCGCGCGUGCGAGUGGGAUUGUGACGAGUGCGCGCCGAUGGAGGGGCUAUCUUUUUUGACGUAGGAUUGCGUUUUUCGGGAACAUAUUGGGGGUACAAAUUGAUAAACGAGAAUCGAUCGCAUCGUGAAAAUUAUCCGAUUUCAAACGCUUAUUGUUCAGUCAUUUCAUGAUGAGAUUUUUACGCGAUUGGCUCAACAAAAUCGCGUAGUAUUUUUUUUGCGCGCAUCCAUCAGUCGCGGAAGGAAGAAUUUAGUGUAUUUAUUAUAUACGGUUGAAUCAAUCGCUAUGAGUGUGGAAAUGAGGAGCGGCUGUAGAAAAUAGCCGCAGUGUUUUGUUGUUCACUUUUAACACUCGAUAGAUAAAAUACCUCUUCUCCUUCGCACACGCUACUUUUGUUUCAUUGUUCACACUGAAGCAAAGUUUUGAAUCGUUUUCAGAACGAAUGGAAACAUUAUUUCAUUUGGGCAGUGUAUAUUCAACUAUAUGUUUCGUUGUUGUAUUCGAAACGUACUCACUGAAACAAACCAAAGUGUGACCAGAGAUGCUGAAAUUGGCCGGUAGUUCGCUGUCAUCAUUUUAUAGAGAACGAUAGAGACCCCCACAGAAGUAAUGUUAACUAAAAUUCAUUGUUUCAAUUUUCUAUCAUACAUACAAGAUUGUUUGUUGAUUUUUUUCUCGUCUUAUUCGUAUAACUUUAUUUAUCAUCAUGUAAUUUGAAAAAACUCGGCUGAAUAUCGCAUUCUGGUAAAUUAAAUUCUUGUAAAAUACAUUCAACAGAAUGUUUUUUUUCGGAUGAAUCAUUUUCGGGUAAAUGUUAUAUAGCAUCUUCACACACCUGUAGAGACACGUACACACUGUCAUCAUAAUGUCACGUAACUCAAACCAAUAGGAUAAAUAAUGUUUCGCCACUAAUUUUUACACGGAUUACACUUUUUCCCUCAAUCAAAUAAGAAAACAGAGAGAACCGUUUCAUUUCCGCUUUACCCACAAACUCACACACAGUUCCCUUCAAUUAGGAGAAGGCUGAGCAUUUUGCAUUUUUAGAAUUUUUACAACAUGAGGAUGGAAAUUUUCUCUACAUCCAAAGUGUCCCGAUAAGAGGCAAAACCGACAAUGAGAAAGAGUAGUGAUUUUCUUACAAUUAUCCGCUUGAAGCUUCUAAAUAGAGGAAAAAAGAGCGAGAGACGGAAACGAAACAAUAAUCUAUUGAUUGUGAGCUAUCAAGCUAGAAAGCAAAAAUCAUAAUGGCAAAUGAAAUAGUUCGUACUUACGAGCAAAGCGCGUUUAGUGGUGUAGAUUAGAGGACAAUUCAACAGAUAACUCACACACAGUUGCGAAACGGAGUGCGUCACCCAACUACUAACGCAUCAUCAUCAUCAUAGAAGAAUCUGCACAAGAAUAACAACAAAUCAGCAAAUUAACGUAGAUUACAUAACAUUAUAUCACUAUCAAUCGUGUGAGUGUGCAAAAACUAACAUAAAACUAAACGCUUGCAAGCAAAGAAAAAUAAAACAUUUGGUGAAUGACAUUCAACGCUUACUAUGACUGUUUAGACGUGUUUAUUUUACGAGAUAAACUUAGAAUGAAGAAAAAAACAAAACAAAACAAAAGAAACGCAAUCAGUGUUGCCAAGACAUAUGUGCCGUAGGUCAUCCUCGUUUUCGAACGCAUGUAAUGCAAGCAAAAUUUGACAUACCUUUGGCUAGACUCAUUUACGGUCGGAAUAAAACCAAACCCAUUGACACAUGCAGAGACGCACAAGAUGAGGCGCGAAUAAUUGUAAAACAUUUCCAACUAUCAUCAAUUUACUGUGACAAUAGUAAACGGAUAAGAAGAAGGAGAAGAAAAAAAAACAAGUUAUGUAACGUAAACACAAGCAAACAUUUGAAACGAAACGAAAUUGAAAACCAAGGUGGAUCAAUUUUGAACUGAACUAAUAAGAAAAAAAACGGGAAAGUAAAUUAUCUAGUAUUCAAAUGAAACUAUACGCAUUUUUGAGAAACAACUAUCUUCCUUGAAAAAGUGAGCUCGGUUUUGUUUUUCUUUUUUCCCUCAAUGUUUGUUAUAAACAAUCAAUUAGAAGAGACAGCAAACUUCAAUGCUAUAAAGUAACUAAAUAAAAUAUCGAUCAUCGAGUAACGAGAUACACAAGCAACAUAUCCACGGAACUCAUAACAGAAACCUAUCAAUUGGAUCCCACGAAGUAAAAAGCAACAAAAAACCAUACAUUUAUUCACAUAUCGAUUUACUUCCUAGGUAACGAGAACAGUUGGAGAAUUGAUCAGUCCAAUCGCGCCCAUAACGGAAUCGAUUGGAAUGGACGAGCUUUUGUUUCGUUUGACCGGAGUGACGAUCAACCAUUGUUAUAGUAAAAUAAACCUAGAGAAAAUAUAUGUUUUAGUCGAACCGUAGCAAAAAUAUAAACUAGCUUACCGUACCUUAGUUCUGACAAACCGUUUUCGUUCAGCUGAUGAAGAAUACAGUCACAAGUUUAUGAAACAACAAGCAACUAGUGUUCAUAAUUCGUAUCGGUACCUUAUCGUGGCUGCCCGGUGGCAACCCACGGCAAACACGAAUUCGUUCGUUAUCGUAGAAACCACACACACACACACACAAUGUAUCACGGAUCACAAAAUUGCAUCUGUGUUACGAUUGCAGCCGGAACUCUUAACGGCAGCGUAUAUUUGACUUCUCGGUGUAAAUACAUAAACUACAAUUGGUAUUGGAGAACUCGUCAGCCAAAACAAGGACUUAUUACAACAUAACCCUAGGAACCAACCACACCCACACCUAUGAAAGCUACUUCCAGUGCUUCUGACGUAUUCUACCAUUCCUCGGUUAUAGCUCGGCAGCAUAGCGAGCCAGAAGUAUCGAAUCCAAAACCCGUUUUACAAGAACAAAAAAAAAACAUUUACCUAAUAUACAAGAAAAACCAAAAGUCUAUACAUGUAUAUUGCAAACCUCUAUUAGAAAACAAACAGAUCAACUAAGUCAAAUGAAAUCAGAUAAUAGUAUAGUUAUAAAUUGAAUAGAGAAAGUGUAGUGGACUACUUUCCAAAACCACUCCCGCAGGGUAUAGCCGUCGUCGUGUAUACCUUGAAGUAGGACAUUUUUAAUCGUGAACCAAAUUAAAAACCAAAACCUAACGUAGACAAAGGUAUGCAGCUCUUAUUCUAGCGGAAAAAAUUAUUUCGGUUCAGUUCAGCCUUUUUUGUCUGUAAAUAUUUUUAUUGAAAGUUGAAUAUGAGAAUAAAAAAACCCACAAGUCGAGUUAAAACAAAUAUCAUCAUUACAAUAUAUCAAAAGACAGGAGAGCUAAAAGUAUAAGAGAAUUUAAAACCUAAGAUUAUGAAACACAACAAAAAAAAAACACUAUAGGAAAUAAAUUGAAUUAAACGGAAACAGAACAAAAAAAUAAUCGAGCAGCAUAAAAAAAUCACUGUAACUUUGUCCGUGUGUGUAUGGUAUAAACACUAAAAAAAUAUAUAUUUUAUCAUAUGCGAUGGAAACGAAGUUGAGUCUUCGUACGAUGGAAAUGGUGGAUAGCAUGAAGAACAGAAUUAUCAGCAGCAGGGAAUGCAUCGUUUUGGAGAACAGCUUAGAAGCAGUAGAGGCGAGGAGACUUUUUACGAUACGAGCAAUGAGAAUGCAAGAGAAACUCAUAAGCAAAGCAAACUUGCAGUACAGGCAAAUGAAGAAAUUAGCGGAAUAGAGUGUCAAGAAACAGCAGCAGCAACAAUGAGCAAGAAGAGAGUGGAGAAAAUAAAACUAUUUCAAUACAAAGACGAGCAA